AUGGCUGUCAACGCUCUCCCUAAGCGUUACGUUUUGUCUGGAAUGAUUUUUGUUGGAUUCUUUGUUAUGUCCGGGCUGAGAGUAAAUUUGAAUGUGGCUAUUGGUGCGAUGGUCAAUAAUCACACGGCUGUGGUGGAUGGAGAAAUAAUCUGCAGGGAAGCGGAAUUCAAAUGGGAACCUGAACUGAAAGGUGUAAUUUUAGGAGCAUUUUAUUACGGUUACAUGGUGUUCCAAAUCCCAGGGGGAUGGUUAGCAUUACGAGUGGGUGGAGCUCGUUUGUUUGGAGCUGCUGUCAUGAUCGCCUCAUUGUUUACUUUGUUAACUCCCAUGGCAACGCGCUGGAACCCAGUUGCAUUGAUUGUAUUAAGAAUAUUAGAGGGCCUCGUGUUGGGUGUUCUAUUUCCUUGUAAUCACGCUAUGUGGAGUCGAUGGGCGCCUUCAGCUGAGAGAACAACUUUAGUGACGGUUUCCAUAACAGGGGGAAGCAUUGGAUACCUCCUUACUAUGCCUAUUACAGGCUUGCUCACCAAAUAUGGCUUUGAUGGGGGCUGGGCCUCCGUAUUUUAUUGCUUUGGUGUGUUUGGUAUAGUGUGGUACUUCGUUUGGCUGAUGGUUGUCUACGAGUCUCCUGCACUUCACCUGACCAUAUCAGAUGACGAGAAGAGUUUAAUACAAGAAACAGCCCUGGACUUGUCUAAGGUAGAGAAUAUUGUAAUUCCUUGGAAAUCUAUCUUACUAUCACCACCUGUUUGGGGAAUAAUUGCGGCCAAUUUUGCAUUGGAUUGGGCGUUUUAUAUUUUGCUUAUAUCGAUGCCAACUUUUCUACUAGAUGUCAUGAAAACAUCUAUCACCAGUAUGGGAUUCAUGGCUGCUUCACCUUUUCUCGUCGAAGGUGUUUGUUCUCCAUUGUCUGGCUUAGCAGCAGAUGUGCUGAGGAAAAGUACGGUAUCUACAAAGAACGUCAGAAGAGUUUUUUACGCUGCUGGCGCCAUAGCGUGUGGGUUUUUAGUACUCAUAGCUGGUUACUCUUUAAAUGUCACGGUAGUUGUUAUUUGCAUGAGUCUGGCUGGAUUGACUACGUCACUGGCAUUCCCGGCAUACACUGUGAACAUGCUAGACAUUGCUCCGCGUUACUCGAGUAUCAUCAUGGGCGUUUGUAACACUGUUGGAACUACAGCUGGGUUUGUCAGUCCAACCAUAGUGGGAUUCAUUGCCCAAGAUAAGACUGCUGAAGAGUGGCAAAGGGUCUUUUUGUUAACAUUUGUAAUUUUACUUGGAGGGACUUUCCUAUUUUGCCUUUUGAUGUCCGGAGAACGACAGGAUUGGGACCAAACUAUGAAUAAACCAACAGACGAAAACAUUGAAUCUGAAAGUGCUACUGGUAGCUAG